AUGGCUGCCGCCCUGCUGAACUCAUGGCUGUUCUUCAUCCUCAUCUUCCUCUGGAUGGGACGACAAGGAGAGCCCAACGGCACAGCCGAAAGGAGCACGAGCGACCAGCCUCGGAUGCUGUCAGAUAAUGGACACCUGGUCUUCACCACUGGUAACAACAAAGAGAUCCGCUUCCAGCCCUCAGCAUCAGGAAGAGUUAAAGUGGGCGAUGAAGACCUGAGCGUGUUGUUGACUCAGAUCAAAACCAACAAAGACGACAUUGAUCACAUUAAAACGCAUGGAGGAGCCGUCCCCCCUGAAAUCACCACCAAGCUACAGCAGCUGGAAGCCAAGGUGUCGACUCUGGAGAGCAAAGUGGCCACUCUGGAAUCGACGGUCCAGAAGGUGUCCUGCAGCAGUAACCCAUGUCAGAACGGAGGAACCUGUCUCAACACACUCAACUCGUACCACUGCAUCUGUCCACACAGCUGGGCCGGCCCAAACUGUGCAUCAGAUGUGAAUGAGUGUGAGGUGCAUGCUGGGACGCUGCAGGGCUGUCAGAACGGAGCGUCCUGCACCAACACCCCCGGAUCCUUCAUUUGUACCUGUUCUCCAGAGUGGUCCGGGAGCCUCUGCACUGACCGCUAUGAUGACUGCAGGAAUGCAGAGCAGGACUUGUGUGCUCACGGCAUAUGUAUCGAUGCAGAUCGUGUGGUUGCAGGACAGCCGAAGUACCGGUGUAUCUGUGAGAGUGGCUGGGAGGCGGCGGAGGACAGCCCCGCCUGUGCAGCUGACGUGAAUGAGUGUAACCUCCCCAACAAGCCUUGUUCCACCAACCCCAUGGUCUCCUGCUACAACACCCAGGGCUCUUUCCACUGUGGAAGCUGUCCAGCCGGCUGGCAGGGUGAUGGCUACAGCUGCCAGGAUGUCAACGAGUGUUCCACCAACAACGGCGGCUGCUCCACUACACCGAUGGUCCAGUGUCUGAACACCAUGGGCUCUUUCCACUGUGGCUCAUGUCCUCCAGGCUAUGAAGGAGACGGGAAAACCUGCACUCAGGCUGACAUCUGCGACAGCAACAAUGGAGGCUGUUAUCCAGCAGCGACCUGCACUUCCAGCCCAGGCUCCAGCCUCCCUGUGUGUGCCUGCCCACCAGGCUACAUUGGUAAUGGUUAUGGACCGAGUGGCUGCACCCAGACCAGUGACGUCUGUGAGACCAGCAACCCCUGUGUUCAUGGCCAGUGUGUGGCCAUCACUGCAGAUCCUGGAUAUAUGUGCAACUGUCACCCCGGCUGGGAAGGACCGACCUGCGACCAGAACAUCGACGAAUGUCUGAGCAGCCCGUGUCAACAUGGAGGCAACUGUACAGACGCCAUUAAUGGAUUCACGUGCACAUGCACUGCCCAGUGGACGGGCCCACUCUGCCAGAACCCCCAGCAAGUGUGUGGAGGUGAGCUCACUGGACCUGCCGGUUCCUUCAGUUAUCCCAACAGUCCCGGUCAUGAUGAGUACGAUCACCAGAUCAGCUGUGCCUGGGUGAUCCGGGUCCAGGCCAACAAGAUCAUCCGUAUCACCAUUCCUUCUUUCGAUCUGGAGCACAGUGCCAACUGUGACUAUGACUUCCUUCAGAUCCACGAUGGAGACAGUCCGUCUGCUCUCAUGAUUGGAAAAUACUGUGGAGACGAUAAGCCAGAUGAGCUUCACAGUUCCCACAAUUCACUGUACUUCUGGUUCCGCUCUGAUCACGUUUUGAGUGCUGGAGGCUUUACAGUCAGCUGGGAGUCUGUUGACCCAGUUUGUGGAGGUGAACUAAAUGCCACCUACGGCAACAUUAAAUCACCCGGCUACCCUGGGAACUACCCUCCGGACCGAGACUGCUACUGGACAGUGAGCGUGGAGCCGGGGUUACUCAUCACCUUCUCAUUCGGGACUCUGAGUUUGGAAGAUCACCCGAACUGCACUCAUGACUUCCUGGAGAUCCGGGACGGUCUUCUGCCUGCAGAUCCAGUUGUGGGACGAUACUGCAGCACUGCAUCUCCUCCUCCUCUGCAGACCACAGGCCCAGCUGCUUGGCUCCACUUCCACUCCGACCACAGCGUCUCUAAUCAAGGAUUUCACAUUACAUACGCAACAUCUCCAAGUGACUCCGGCUGUGGUGGUACGUUCACCGACAGCGAAGGCGUCCUCAUUUCACCCAACUGGCCCAACAACUACGCCCACAACCGCCAGUGCAUCUAUGUGAUCAGGUUACCGGAGGGCGAGAAGGUGGCGCUCAACUUCACAGACAUGAAUCUGCAGAGUCACGCGAGCUGCAGUUUGGACUAUGUGGAGGUUCGUGAUGGGAAUGCGGAGACAGACCCUCUGAUAGGAAGGUACUGUGGAAGCCUCGUCCCGGCUCCGGUUCACUCCUCCUCUAACUCGCUGUGGAUUGGGUUCAGGUCUGACAGCUCAGUCAGUCACGCUGGCUUCAGAGCUCUUUACACCGUCGCUUGUGGGGGAGUUUUAUCUGGCUCAGGGAAGGUACGCUCUCCCUAUCAUCCCAACGCUUAUCCUCAAAACAAAGUGUGUGAGUGGAUCAUCAACCAGCCGGAGGGAUACCUGGUCACACUUGACUUCCUCUCAUUCGACACUGAAGGAAGUGAAUGCCAGUUCAACUUUGUUGAGGUGAGGGACGGUUCUUCCUCCAGUUCUCCUUUACUGGGGACAUUUUGUGGUUCGAACAUACCGCCGAGGCUCCAGUCCACUCAAAGAUCGAUGUACAUCAGAUUCAAAACCGGCGCCUCCAUGAGUAAUCAUGGUUUUGAAGCAGAUUAUGGAUCUUUCUUGGAAGGCUGUGGUGACACCCUGAGCAGCCCCACAGGUACCAUCGUCAGCCCUGGGCACCCCAACAACUACCCCCACGGUGCCAACUGUACCUGGUACAUCAGUGUUGCCCCGGGCAACCUGAUCCGUCUGACGUUUGAGUCCUUCAAUCUGGAACGGCAUGAUAACUGCAAGUUCGACUACCUGGAAGUCUACGACAAUGGCACUGUGCAAACUGGCAACAGGAUUGGCAGGUACUGUGGUCAGACAGUUCCUCCCUCCAUCACCAGCACCGACAACCUCCUGACCCUGCUGUUCGUGACUGACAAGAGUUUUAGUAAAGAAGGAUUCUCUGCCAGCUAUGUGUCCAUGGAUGCCUCUACAGGCUGUGGGCAGACCUUCACUUCUCCAACAGGCUCCUUCAUGUCUCCAAAUUACCCGAACAACUACCCAACCCACAGAGACUGCGUCUUUAAGAUCAUUGUCGAGGCCAACAUGCAGAUCAUGCUCAACUUCACAGAUUUCUAUGUGGAGUGGACUGAUAAUUGUCAUGCAGACUUUGUGGAGAUAAGGGAUGGAGGCUUCGAGACCUCUCCAGUGAUUGGCAAGUUUUGUGGCAAUAAGAGACCUCAGGUCAUCGUGUCUCACAGCAACCGUCUGUGGGUUCGAUUCCAUUCUGAUUCAAUGAUCACAGUUCGUGGAUUCAUGGCUCACUGGGAUGGAACACAAACUGGUUGUGGUGGGACGUUGACGACUGCAGUGGGAGGAUUCUCUUCCCCUAACUACCCACUGCCUUACCACCCAAACGCUGAGUGUUACUGGAACAUCCGGACGAGCCAGGGAAGCCAGCUCCAGCUGUCUUUCUCUGAUUUCCAUCUGGAGUCUAGUUCAGGCUGCUCUUUUGAGUAUCUGGCUGUGUACAGUGGGAACAGCAGCCAUGCUCCAGAAGUGGCGAGACUGUGUGGGAGUCAACCACCAAGCGUCAUCAACUCUCUCAGCAAUCAGCUGUACAUCAAACUUCGCACGGACAGCACUGUCAACAUGGGAGGCUUCCUUGCUUCAUAUACUACCAAAUGUACGAACGUGACAAUCGUGGCACAUCGGGGAGCGAUUGAGACUCUGAACUUUCCCAGUGACUAUCCACCAAACUCCAGGUGCAGCUGGACCAUCCAGGCCACUGCUGGAAACACCAUCAGCUACACCUUCACUGCCUUCCAAGUGGAGGGCUUGAUGGCUUGUUCUGUCGACUACCUGAAGCUCUAUGACGGGCCCAGUGAAGCAGCUCCUCUGAUUGGUACGUUCUGUGGCGCCUCUCCUCCUCCGGCCGGCAGCUCCUCCGGCUCCACUCUGACCGCCGUCUUCAGAAGUGAUCACACCGUUUCUCAUGGUGGUUUCCAGAUGAUCUGGAGUCAGAACGGCUGUGGUGAUGAACUCACAGGUUCCCGUGGGACUUUCAGCAGCCCAGGUUACCCAAACAAGUAUCCAGGAAACAGUGAGUGUAUCUGGUACAUCAGCACGUCUCCCGGCACCAGCAUCACGCUCACGAUCCACGAGUUCGAUGUGGAGUUUCACACAGACUGCAACAGUGACGUCCUGGAAGUGUAUGGCGGUCCGGACCUGUCGGCCCCUGUGCUCGCCAAACUCUGCAGCCAGACUCUGCAACCAAUGCAAGUGUCCAGCACUGGAUUCCAGAUCACUGUGCGCUUCAAAUCAGAUGCAUCUGUCAGUGGUCGAGGGUUCAACGCCAGCUGGGCUGAAGUCACGGGAGGAUGUGGAGGUCCGGUCACCGCUCCCUCAGGUGAAAUCCAUUCUCCUUCAUAUCCUGCCAGCUAUCCCAGCAACGUGGACUGUUCCUGGGUCAUCAGCGUGGACUCCAGCCAUCGAGUCCUGUUGAACUUCACAGACCUGGACAUUGAAAUUCACAGCAACUGCUCCUGGGACUAUGUAGCUGUCCAUGAUGGUCCGUCCUCCUCCUCUCCUUUGCUGGCCCGGGUGUGUGGUCUCAGUGCUCCACCCAUCGUUUCCACACAGAACAUCAUUUACGUCCGCUUCAGAUCCGACUCCAGCCGGAACCACCGCGGCUUCAGAGCAACUUUUUCUGAGACUUGUGGAGCCUCCCUCACUGCAGACGACGCUGGCGGGGCCAUUGCAUCCCCACGGUACCCUGCGAAGUACCCCCACCAUCAGAACUGCAGCUGGAUCAUUAGAGCUCAGGAGCCAUUCAACCACGUGACCCUUUCAUUCACGGACUUUGAAGUAGAGAAGUCCCUCACAAACUGCUCCCAUGAUUCUGUGGAGGUGUUGGAUGGGGACAACUACCAGGCUCCCUCUGUAGGGCGCUACUGUGGAUUUGAGCUUCCUCAUCCAGUGACGUCCUACAGCAACGCUUUGGUGGUCCGCUUCAUAUCCGACUACUCGUUGUCAUUUAAAGGCUUCAGAGCCACCUACACAGCAUCCACCUCCAGCUGCGGAGGAGAUCUUGUGAUGGAGACUGGUGCAUUCAAUAGUCCCAAUUACCCGAGUCCUUAUCCACCAAACGUGGAGUGUGUGUGGACCAUCAGGAGUUCACCAGGAAACCGGUUCCAGCUCUCUUUCAUUACGUUUCACCUCCAGGGAGACACCAGCUGUCAAAACGACUACCUGGAAAUCCGAGAAGGGAACUCCAGCGGACCUCUGGUGGGUCGCUUCUGUGGAAGCUCUCUUCCCUCCAACUACACAUCAGUGGUGGGUCACAUCCUGUGGGUCAAGUUUGUUUCUGAUGCAUCACUGAGCGGAGCUGGAUUCAGAGCCACCUUCUCACACUUGUAUGGUAUUGAUGUGGUGGGGGAGUCUGGCCAGAUAGCAUCCCCACUGUAUCCACGGACUUAUCCCACUAACUCCCACUACCGCUGGACCGUCACUGUGGACGGAGACAGUUUCAUCCAGAUUCGGUUCCUGGACAUGGACAUUGAGGACUUAUAUGACUGCCAGACCGACAAGCUGAAGAUCUUUGAUGGCAGCAGUGUGGAGAACUACCCUCUGGGAACAUUCUGUGGUCCGCUGCUGCCGCCGCUGCUCCGGAGCACUGGAAGUUCGCUCACUCUGCAGUUCAGCUCUGACACUUUGGUGGGAGGCCGAGGUUUCCUGCUGGAGUGGACCGCCAUCCAGGACUCUGGACCACCGCCCACCAUCCAACCCGGCGCUUGUGGAGGCCUGCUGAUGGCAGGAGAAGCUCCAGGCCUGCUCUUCUCUCCAGGCUGGCCUCAGAACUACGCUCCGUACCAGGACUGCACUUGGCUGAUCCGUUCUCCAGACUCUGUUGUGGAGCUGAACUUCCUGUCGCUUGACAUGGAGUCUGAUCCUUCCUGCUCCUCGGACAGUGUUGUUAUCAGAGACGGUCCAACCAGUGUUUCCCCCGUGUUAGCCACAGUCUGCGGUCGAGAUCUACCAGGAUCUCUGCACUCAACCGGAGAGGACAUGCUCAUCCACUUCACAUCAGAUGGCCUGGACAGCGGCCGAGGCUUUAAUGCUUCCUACUCCAAAGGUUGUGGAGGGGUCCUCCAUGUAGACAGAGGGGUCCUGAGCAGUCCUCACUACCCACAGAACUACCCCCCUGGCCUGGACUGUAGCUGGCAUGUGGCAGUGACUCCUGGUUUGAAGGUUUCUGUCAGCUUCCAGAGUCCGUUCCAGAUUCAAGGCAGCGGAGAGCAGUGCAGCUCCGGAGACUUCCUGGAGCUCAGGAACGGUCCGGAUGUUUCAUCUCCACUCCUGAGACGGAUCUGCGGUUCCAGUCAGCAGCCUCAACUACUCACCACCGAUAAUCAGCUCUUUAUUCGCUUUGUUUCUGAUAACUCCGAUGAGGCCAGCGGCUUCAAGCUCGUCUUUGAGGCCAGCAGUCAGGCAUGUGGAGGCCUGGUGGAGCUCAGCGAUGGCGACCCUCCAGGACACAUCACUUCCCCAGACUAUCCUGAGAGCUACCCUCAAAACACAGACUGCAUCUGGGUGAUUCUUGCACCGAACGGAGAAGCUGUACAAAUCGACUUUGAAGAUGACUUCUACAUCGAGCCCACAGCAAGCUGUAUGAAUGACUACUUGGAGGUGCGGGAUGGUCCGACCAUCAACUCUGAGUUGAUUUCUCGUCUCUGUGGAAACACUCGACCUUCGACCCAGCACUCCACAGGUCCGUCAAUGCUGCUGAGGUUUCGUACUGACAGCAGUGUCACGCACAAAGGAUUCAGAGCAAAGUUCUCCAUUGCAUCAUGUGGCGGAACCUACAGGGGCCAGAGCGGUGCCAUUCACAGCCCUGGUUUUCCACAAUCCAACUAUCCUGAUGGCUCGGUGUGUGAAUGGUACCUGGAGGCACCCACGGGACACUACAUGACUAUAAGCUAUGCUAACUUCAGCCUGCAGAAUUCUCCAGAAUGUUCUGCUGACUAUGUGGACAUGAGAGAAUACAAUGCUUCAGGGCGUCCUCUGGGCCGACACUGUGGCAGCGACCUUCCCGCUCCUGUGGACACAUCCGACAGUUUUGCCUACGUCAGAUUUGUCAGUGAUGGCAGCACGAAUGCUGCCGGAUUCAGGCUGUUAUUUGAAGCCAGUGUUGAAGUGUGUGGAGGCCAACUGAAUGCUCCUUCAGGAACUAUCUCUUCGCCCAACUAUCCCAACUUAUACCCACACAGCCGUGUGUGUCGCUGGGAGCUGGUGGUUCCAUCAGGGCGCAGAGUUACACUCACCAUUCAAGACCUGAGGCUGGAGGACUCUGGUACCAACUGCGUGUUUGAUUAUGUGGAUGUUCUAAAUGGGCUUGGGGUGGACGCUCCUCUCGUACGCAGACUGUGUGGUACAGUACCAGCAGGGACUGAGCUGCGCUCUUCGGGAAACACCAUGGCUGUCGUGUUUCACACAGAUGAUGAUGUGAGCAGCGGUGGUUUCCUGGCCUUUUACUCCUCUGAUGAACCUGCAGAUUGUGGUGGACUUCUGAACAACCCAGCAGGUGGAAACUUUACUUCCCCUGGUUAUCUGAUCACCAACUACAGCAGCAAUCUCAACUGUGAGUGGCUAAUUCAGAACCCACGACACACCAAUUCCUCCAUUGUGGUGCUGAUUGAUGAUCUGCACGUGGAAAGCCAUCAGACCUGUGACCUGGACUACCUACAGUUCCGUCUAGGUGAUUCAGAUGGGGAGUUGUUGGGUAGGUUUUGCGGUCAGACCAAACCCAGCAUUCCCAUUGUGGUCUUCACUUCAGAGCUGUAUGUCAACUUCAGGACUGACGAGUCCCCCGGAGACCUGGGAUUCAAGGCUUCCUACUUCUUCUCAGAAUGUGGAGGUUUGCAGACCGGUGAAGGAGGACUAAUUGCCAGCCCCCGAUACCCAGGCAAUUAUCCCAGUCCCAGUCGCUGUGCUUGGCUGCUCGAGGCUCCUGAGGGCCACACUAUCUCGCUGAUAUUCAGUUAUUUUAACCUGGAGCCCCACAGCACAUGUGGCUGGGACUCUGUCACCAUUUUCAAUGGAGGAUCCCCUGGUUCCCCUGUGAUUGGUCAGUAUUGUGGAUCCACCUCUCCCGGAACCAUUCAGUCCGGGUCUAACAGACUCGCUGUGGUUUUCCUGGCGGACCAUUCUGUAUCCAAAGGAGGUUUUCUGGCCUCUUGGCAUGCUGAUUCUUCAGGUUGUGGAGGUGUGAUUCAUGCUGAUCUGGGGACAUUCAAGUCUCCCAACUAUCCUCAAAACUUCCCAGCUAAUGUGGAGUGUUCCUGGCAGAUCAUUGCUCAUGAAGGAAAUCAUGUGGAGAUGAGCUUCAACAGUGAUUUUGACAUUCCAGAUGAGAGUGGAACCUGCCAGUCCAGUUACAUAAAGGUGUGGUCUGGACAGAGCCAAACCGAUUCCACUCUGCUGUCAACAGGCUGUGGUUCCCAGGUUCCAGCUCCCAUCGUGGCUCCUUACAACAUCAUUAACUGCCGAUUCCAGGCUGCUGAAGCUGGAAAAGGCUUCUCAGUGUCCUUCAGUACCAGGUGCGGAGCAAACUUCUCAGCUUCCCGCGGUCGUGUCGUUUCUCCAAAUUAUCCUGAUGACUAUCCAGUGAACUCAAACUGCAACUACACCAUAGAUGCUGGACAACAGACAGUGAUUGUCGUCACCUUUCAGAGCUUCCAAUUAGAAAGUCAUCCCAGCUGUGCCUUCGAUGGACUGAAGAUCUAUGAUCUCGCAGCUGGUGGCAGCGCUGUUGCCACUUUGUGUGGGACUGACAUCCCAGGACCGUUCACCACCUUCGGUCCCAUGUUGCUCCACUUCUACUCUGAUGUUGUGCUCAGUGAGCGAGGCUUCCUGGCAGAAUACCAAGCCAUACCUUGUGGGGGUUUCUUUAACAGCACUGCAGGCACAGUCAGUAGUCCAACUCUCUCCAUCACCAACUACCACCACAACAUGAACUGUACCUACCACAUCGUGGCCGCUGCAGACCGGGUGCUGGACCUGAAGUUCAACACUUUCAGUCUGGAAGCUUCUUCUGCCUGUCAGUAUGAUUAUGUGGCGGUUUAUGAUGGGGGGCACACCUCAGCCCCUUUGCUGGGGAGGUUCUGUGGUAAAGUGCUCCCCCCCAAUCUGCGCUCCUCCACCAACCAGCUGUUCAUCGUCUUCAGGACAGAUGCCUCAACCAGUGGGCUCGGGUGGAGAGCGACUUACAGCCAAACACUCGGUCCGGCUCAGGGAUGCGGGGGCUACCUGUCACUGCCAAUGGGCACGUUUGGUUCACCAGAUCCAAAUCUUGACGGCCGCUAUGAACAAAGAAUGAACUGUCUGUGGACGGUUGAGAUGCCCAUUAACAACGCCGUUAAUCUGACCUUCAGCAGCUUCGAUCUGGAGACGUCCUCUGACUGCCGCUAUGACUCUGUCAAAGUGUAUGAUGGAGACAACGUCAACUUCCCCCUGGUUGGAGCUUUCUGUGGGAACUCCACACCUGCUCCCUUUGUUUCAAGUGGAAAUUUUCUGACGAUUCACUUUGUCACUGAUGGCUCAGUACAGAAGCGUGGCUUCAACGCCACCUACGGGGCACUACCAUUGAUUUGUGGAGGUACCCUCAACGCCACAGCGGAUGUUCAGACCGUGACCUCCCCCUCAUUUCGUAGUUACCCUCCGUUCACCUCCUGUCGCUGGAUCCUGGAUGCCCCACCCCAGGAAACCAUCCGGGUGUCGUUCCAGACAUUUGUUCUGCAGCCCAGCCAGAGCUGCAUCACUAACUACCUGGAAAUCCAAGACUGGCCUGUGGGAGACUUUGGGCAGUCUGACAAGUUCUGUGCUACAGAUGGUCGUCCACCAGAUUUCUACAGUCACGGCAGAACCGUGCUGAUGCACUUCAGAUCCGACGACUUCAUGACAGGAAACGGCCUCAGUUUCACUUAUCAAAUCGCAAGCUGCAGCAGAACGUAUGAGCAAGAGUACGGUUACCUGACGACUCCUGGCUGGCCUGACCUGUACCCCUUCAACAUGGACUGUGUCGUCGUGCUGAAGGCGCCACAGAACAGCUCCAUCUCCUUCUUCUUCAACAGCUUUAAUAUGGAGAGUCAUUCCGACUGUCGAUUCGACUAUCUGGAGGUUCGUAACGGCAGCACAGCAGACUCUCCUCUGAUUGGUCGGUUUUGUGGCAGCACCCUGCCGAGUCCCAUCUUUCCUCGAUCCAAUCAGCUUUAUUUGCAUUUGAAGAGCGACUUUUCCUUUGUUCUGGAUGGCUUUGAGGCCACCUGGACAUCCUCUCCUCAUGGUUGUGGUGGCACUCUGUAUGGAGAUCACGGAUCCUUCUCAAGUCCCAACUACCCAGGAACCUAUUCCAACGACACAUACUGCGAGUGGAGCAUCAGGGCGCCCAGAGGUCGCGUGCUAAUGAUCACCUUUGCUCAGAUCAGUAUUGACGACCCUGGAGAUUGUCAGAACAACUUUUUGAAGUUGUAUGAUGGUCCUGACUCGUCCUCCCCAUCUGUGGGACCGUACUGUGGGAUGGAGACCAGCAUCGCUCCCUUCACCGCCUCUUCCCAUCACGUCUUUGUGGUUUUCCAGGGACGCUUCUCCACCUUACCAUCAGGAUUCAGGCUGACUUGGAGCAGCUGA